AUGGACAAUGACCACAUACGAGGCGAGGAGUACGAACAAACCAAUGUCCACAACGUUUACAGCAAGAUCGCGACACAUUUCUCCUCCACAAGAUACAAGCCAUGGCCCGUAAUUGACGAUUUCCUCCGCAGUCUCACAACAGGCUCAAUCGGGUUAGACAUAGGCUGCGGAAAUGGAAAGUACCUGGCCAUCAGGGACGACAUCUACAUCGUCGCAUCAGACAGGCAUGUGACCAAUCUCACAAGCAACGAAAUCGACUACUUCGGAGUAGCUAAGUCACUGACGCGAAAAUACAGAUCAUCUGAACUGAUCGAGUUCGCUACGCAGCACGAACCACAUUCCGCGAUUGUCGCGGAUAUCCUCUCCCUACCACAUCCUGGCGCGGUCUUCGAUUUCGCGAUUUCAAUUGCGGUGAUACAUCAUUUAUCUACGAGGGAGCGUCGUGUUGAUGCUGUGCGAGCUAUUCUGAAUACUUUGAGGCCGUGUGGUGAAGAUCGUGAGGGUAGUGGUAGCGCAGGACAAGCACUGUUCUUUGUGUGGGCGCUUGAACAGAAGAAUAGUCGGCGUGGAUGGGAUGUUGACGAUGAGCAGGAUCAGAUGGUGCCGUGGGUGUUGAAGGCGGAUAAGAGUGGUGAUGGGGUGGGGAAGACGUAUCAUCGGUAUUAUCACUUGUACCGCAGGGGAGAACUGGAAGAGGAUAUAGUGGCUGCUGGGGGCGAGGUUGUUCGCAGUGGGUAUGAUCGAGAUAAUUGGUGGUCGGUUGCUCGGCGGCGUUAG